ACCGACAUUUCAUCUAGGCCCCGAUAACGCGACUCACGUCUUCCCACUCGUCUCCAACUCACCGUUUUCUACCUAUUUUUUCUUUCUCAAACAGAGCAGAUAUCCUCGUCUGCUAGACCCGAUACUUUUACCGGUAUCGGUAUCUUCCAGCACGAGGGUUUGCGACUGAUAGUCACAAUUCCUUUCGCCAGAGGCAUUUUUCUCCUUUCCCUCUCAUUUCGCCCUCCCUAGCAGCCUUUUAGGCUUUUAUUGGACCUUACCUUCCUGGCUGUGUGCCAAUAUAUCCCGACUCGUUAAGGGCCUUCUCUCUCAGGCGGACAUUCCCCCCCUGUUCGUCUGGGCAGCAGAUAGUGCUUCCUAGGCUUUCUUGUCUACGGGCCACACAUCGAGCGCGUCGCUCCACUGCACCACCAAGUUCAUAUCAUUAUAAUCAGAUCAGUUCGCUUCUCAAUUUCCUGGUCAAUCAAGAUGGUUUACAUCGGCAUUCCCAAGAACUACACGCAGUCGCCGUCUUCGUUUAUGGCGACUCCAUCUCUGACAAUCAACCAUGAGGUGACUCAGGAUCUUGAUUCUACCAAUGCCUUCGAAGGGCCCGAGAAGCUCCUAGAGGUCUGGUUUGCCCCGUCUGCUAAUGAAUUGGGCUCAACCCAGUCUACUGGUCUGAAGGCGGUGCCGGAAGAGAUCUGGAAGGACAUGCUGGAUCUAGUCAAUUGCCAGGUGCUUUCUAUCGUCUCGUCUGAGGAUGUGGAUGCCUACCUUUUGUCGGAGUCUAGCAUGUUCGUUUGGCCUCACAAGCUGAUCCUCAAGACGUGCGGCACCACAACUUUGCUCUCCGGGCUGCCUCGUAUCCUCGAGAUCGCUGCUCUGUUUGCCGGUUUCCCCAAGUCUUUGGCUCCUUCCAGUGGAAUUGGUGUUGCGGCUGCUCCCUACCGUGUGUUCUACAGCCGCAAGAAUUUCCUGUUCCCUGACCGUCAGCGUGGUCCCCACCGCAGUUGGAGGGAUGAAGUGCGUACUAUGGACAGGCUUUUCCUGAAUGGCAGUGCCUACAUGAUCGGCAAGAUGAACGGCGAGCAUUGGUACCUGUACCUGACCGAGCCCAACACCAUGCUCACCCCACCGGCGAGUCCUAAGGGUGACGAAGAGCUGACCGAGACGAAGUUUCUCCAGAUCCCAGAAGGUUCUCUGCCACUGGGAGAGGAUGCCAAUGAUGAGACACUGGAGGUGUUGAUGACCGACUUGGACGAAGAGAAUGCCAAGCAAUUCUAUCUUGACAAUGCCACCGCUGUUGCCGAGAAACGCUAUCGCAACUUUGAUAAGGAUAACGGCGACCAUGUUGACGUAUUCAGCAACAACUCGGAUAUGGAUCUGGAGGACACCGAUGGAACCCGCAUUCUACCACCGGAGUUGACUACGGAGGGCCACGCCUUGGGUACCGUUGUUUCAGAGUCCUGUGGUCUUUCAGAUGUCUAUCCCAAGGAGAAGUUCCCCGAGGCGCGCAUUGAUGCCUAUCUGUUCACUCCUUGUGGCUUCUCUGCCAACGGCGUCAUCCCGACUCCAGACCCGAGGGCCAAUACCCACUAUUUCACGGUGCAUGUGACGCCCGAGCCUCACUGCUCCUACGCGUCCUUUGAGACUAAUGUGCCGCACUCCCAGAACGGCCAGACCAGCGCCGGGAUUGUGCAGCAGGUGGUGAACAUUUUCAAGCCUGGUCGCUUCACUGUGACCGUGUUUGAGAACAAGCCUAGUGAGGUCGAGCUGAGCGGCCUUGGAGAAACCAAAUACAUCGAACGGCAGGCGGCCCGUCGGAAGUCUAAGAUGGAGCAUAUUGAAGGAUACCGCCGUGUGGAUCGGAUUGUUCACGAUUUGGAUGGAUAUGAUCUUGUCUUCCGCUACUAUGAGCGGCUUGAUUGGAAAGGGGGGGCCCCUCGGCUCGGAGAAGAGCGCAUCUGAGCGGCGUCAAUCCAACCAUUGUGCGAUCCGUUAAUUCAUUCUAAAUUGGAAUUUUUUUUUUAGCACUGUCUAUUGCGCCUUUUGAUCUUGUUUUUCUGUGAUUUGUGCUUCGUCCUGAGCCAGUUUCAUUAAUUAUAAACCUU